AUGGCAGCAGCAGCAGCACAACUGUCAAAUCAAACGUCAUCGUCAACUCAGCUUCGUCAUGCACCACCUAAAAUCGACAUGGCUUUUUACGAGCGUUCGUCCACGUUCGCGUUGUUUGAGCCGCUUAAACAAAAUUUGAUUAAUGAACUUUCAACGAAAUAUCCUGAAGUUGCUGCUUUAUUCAAAUUGGAUCCUCCUCCGACUACAAAUUCGCCAGUCUAUCAUAUAAUUGUUGCGGCGUAUAAUUUUCGAGGUGCAAAAAAAUUGAGAAAUUGGGAUUGGACACGAAUUGAAACUAUGAUUGAAAUGGUACGCUCGGUGCGAAUUGAGUUAAUAGAAAAAGGAAUAAUCAAGAAUCCGGUAAUUUUGUUUGGUGAUAGCGUUGACAGAGAUUCUCUUCAAGAAUUAAGACGGGUGGGAAGGUCGUUGGGAGCUGAUUUUACCGAUUCUGAAAAAGAAGCAACUCAUAUUGUACAUCUAACAAAUGAUCCUGAUGAUACUGAUGAAGAAUGGUUUAGAACGCUAGAAAAAAAGAAUGGAAAAGUAUUGCUGCAUUGGUGGUAUUAUCCCGAUUCUUAUGACACAUGGAUGGUGGAAACAGCUGAACAUGCGGAUCCUGAACCAGCACCAGAACAUAAUGGCCCGUGGAAUGUAGGAGCUCGUUGGCUCAGAGAUAGUAAAAAAUUUAAUGAAUGGAUGAACGAAGAAGACUAUGAAAUCACUGAGGAUAGGAGACUUUCCGCGGGGGAAGAUCAAUCAUAUAUAUCCGAUUCCGAAUCUUCGCCACUCCAUAAACGUACUUAUGAUUAUUCAGAUUCAACAUCUUUCAUGGAUGUCGAUUCACAUGGUGCUUUUACAAAACGACUACGAAUGAAGUCACCAGAUCCUGAUACAUUCACAAAACAUCCCCGAGUAUCUGUUAUUGAUGUUGAGGGAAGCGGAUCGAAUUCUUCUUUUCGUCAAAAGAAAAGCGAAUAUGAGCCAUUACAGACUACAGAUAUCACAAAUAUAUCCCAAGCUAUACCAAAUUUACCUAAAGUGGCUGAAGAACAACCACUGUCAAUUAGCUCCAAGGUGGAGAUAUUGGGCGUCUCUGCAGAAAUUGAAAGUCAAAAAAACGAAACUAAAGAUGCUCAUAAAUCUCCGGUCAACAAAAUUGCUGACGUUGAAAUGUCCGAACAAGAGCAAAACGAUACAGUGGCCGAUGAAACAGGAGUCGAUUCUCCCGUUAUCAUGAAAGAAGAGGAGGAAGCUGAAAAUCUUGAUAGUCCAGCUGAUAGUAAGAUAAUUGAUGAGAGUAUCCCCGAAAAUAUGUCAGCAGGUGAAACACCAAGUGGUGGAAUGGAUCCUGAAACACUUGCCGUUCGUGCAGAAGAAGAAAAGAAACGUGUUGAGGAAGAGGCACGAAAAUAUUUAUCUACACAAACUCAAGAAGUUAUCAUUCCAUCAUAUGCUGCGUGGUUUGAUAUGGCGAAAAUUCAUGAAAUUGAAAGAAAGUCUUUGCCAGAGUUUUUCAACAAUAAGAAUAAAUCCAAAACUCCAAGUAUCUAUAAAGAUUAUCGCGAUUUUAUAAUUAACACGUAUCGGCUUAAUCCCUCUGAAUAUUUGACGGUCACGGCUUGUAGAAGAAAUUUGGCCGGGGAUGUUUGUGCUAUAAUUCGAGUCCAUGCAUUCCUCGAGCAAUGGGGUCUGAUAAAUUAUCAGGUUGAUCCAGAAACUCGACCAUCUACUGUUGGGCCAACCUUCACAGGACACUACAGAAUCACUGCUGAUACCCCAAGAGGUCUUCAACCUUUUCAACCUAGUGCUAUUCCUCCUACUCCGGUGAAUCCACAGAUAGUCGAAGCAUCAACCUCUAAACCAACCUCUGCUAUUACUGCUCUUGCUUCCUCAGGGUCCGCCAAAGUAGAAUUAAACCUUGGUCUUCGGAAAAAUAUAUAUCAAUCUAAUAUCAAAUCUGAAGAGACAGAAGUUCAAGAAAAUGGAAAAGCACCUACUACUUCUGACCCUACAUUGACAGAUACAAAGAGGCGGUAUAAUUGCUUUACGUGUGGCGUUGAAUGUACGCGUACAAGAUAUCAUAAUACUAAAACAAAGACUUUAGAACUAUGUGCCAACUGUUACCUCGAAGGACGAUUUCCUGUUUCGAUGAACAGCGGUGAUUUCAUAAAGAUGGAUGAUACCCCCUUCAAUCAUGCACAAAAAAGUGAUUGGUCUGAUCAAGAAACAUUUAAACUUUUGGAAGCAUUGGAAAUGUUUGAGGAUGAUUGGAAUCAGAUAGCAGAAUACGUUGGAACUCGUACCAGAGAACAAUGCAUUCUGCAAUUCCUGCAACUUCCCAUUGAAGAUCCUUACUUGGGAACAACGAUGCAAGAUUUAGGUCCAUUACAAUAUCAUAGAAUACCGUUUAGUCAAGCUGACAAUCCUAUUAUGUCAGUUGUUGCUUUCUUGGCAUCAGUUGUGAGUCCUGGUGUUGCUGCUGCUGCCGCAAAUUCAUCAAUAAAUGAAUUCAAAGCAUCGCGGAGAACCGCCGCAGUCAAAGCCAAAGCUCUUGCAGAAUAUGAAGAACGAGAAAUCCAGCGGCUUGUAAAUACGGUAAUCGAAUCACAGCUCAAAAAAAUGGAACUUAAACUUCAACAAUUUGAAGAAUUAGAAGAAAUUUUAGAAGAAGAAAAGCGUGAACUUGAAAUUCAGAGAAACCAGUUGUACGUUGAGAGAUUGAAUCUACGAAAGACAAUUAUCACUACUCAAGAGCAAUUGAAAGCCGCCGCAUCACAGGAAGCUGGGUCCUUUAAAGUGCCAAUAAGUGGCCAUAGUUAUGCAAAUGCUAGUAAUACGAGAGUAUUAUCUGUUACGGGAUACGGGGAAGAACAAGAACAACCACCACCAGUCUUCCCACCCAGUCAAGAUGAUGCUAAUGAAGUAGUGAUGAUGUCAUUUUGA